AUGGUGAAUUCGGACCUGGAAGAACUCCUGGAAGAUUUUCCAGCUGAGCGUCUUGAGCGUCCUAGGAGGUUCGCCAUCCUAAAAGCCCUUGCGGUGGGAGUGGUUGUGCUGGCAGCUUUGGGCUUUCUGACCGUGAAAGUUGGAGGACUUCAGAAAGCAUCCAGAGAGUUCUUGGCCUUGGAGGAAACUGAAGAGAAACCAUGCUUUCAGGUGGGCAUGUACUAUGCCGACCCAGUGAAGUUGGACGCCUCUGAGCGUACUGUGGAGUUCAGCGCGGAGCUGUGCCAGCAACGCUGCCAGGUGGUGCCCGAGUGCUCGCAUUUCACCUUUUGGCCGGAUGGUGGUUGCCUCCUGACUGGUGAAGCUUCCGCAAUCAAGGCUGCGCCUUUCAAAUUCUCUGGCACCAAGGUGGGACCCAAGUUCUGCCAAGAGGCCAUCGAUGCGGCCAAUGCAGCGAUCGAUGCGGCGGCUGCACAGGUGGAUGGUGAAGAGGCUGGGCUGCCAACUCUAGCACCGGCUAAGGAGGCAACGGAAGCUGACAUCCAUGAGGCGGCCGUAGCCAUCACCCAGAUGCUGCCUGGCGUCAAUGGAACCAGCUGCAGCGCCUAUCCUGCUUGUGUCACAGCUGGGAUCAAGGAGGGUGAGUGCUGCCCCAACGCAGAGAAGGUGAGUUUGGGUUGUUGCGACGGCUUCCCCAAGGUCGUUCCGCAGGUUCAGAUCUUAUUGGGCUCAGAGUGUGAGAAGUUCCCUGCUUGUGCGAAGUUGAACAUGACCGGGGGCUGCUGCCCCACGCCUGAUGGGGUGAAAUUGGGCUGCUGCUUGGAAAUCUGA